CGCCAAUCCCACUCGCGCGUACUUCAGCGCGACGCGAACCAGCUUGCAAGUAAAUAUUUUGGCCGAGUCAGCCUCAACACGAACAACCCAAACCACCACCACCACCACCACAGAACAACAAGCUCAUCAAACAUUCGCUCGGGAUGCCGCCAUUUGGAUUUGACAGGGGAUCGGUCAAUGUCGUACCCGUACUCGGCUCCGCGGCCGAUCUCGACACCACAUCUAGCCAUGGAGCUGGACUGAUUGGAGGGGUUCCACCUUACAAGAAAAUCCAAACCCUCAGAAAAUUCAUCCAAGAUUUCAGACUGGGUGAAUGUUUUAUAUACAGGGAUCGGUUGCGCACGAAUUUGUUGGCCAAGGUUUAUGCGAUCGAGGUCGAAAUGCAACAUCUGAUCGUCUAUGAUGAGGAACUGGCUCAUUCGAUCUCCAACAUGCCAGGAGAAGUACUACCCUUGUUUGAGAUUGCGGUCAGAAAAGUAGCAGAAGCGAUGGUCUCGCCGAUGUCCAAAGCAGGGGAUCUGUUUGACGACGAGGAUCCCGAAAUCGAGCUGGCUGCACAAGGUGUCCAUGAUAUUCCUGAUUUCCAAGUCACUCUCAGAAGUGAAGCUCGCUUGAUGCAAUUCAGAGAUUUAUUAGCCCCUAAUAUUUCUAAACUUGUUCGAAUGCCCGGAAUCGUCAUCUCGGCCUCAACCUUGUCCUCUCGAGCGACAAUGUUACACUUGGCUUGUAAAUCGUGUCGACACGUGCGCCGGAUCGCGGUCCAAGGAGGUUUCACCGGAUUCACCCUACCACGGAUGUGCUCGGCGACGCCGAUUCAAGGAGAGAGGAAAGAGUGUCCGAUGGACCCCUACACAAUCGUCCACGAAAAGUCCAGAUUUGUUGACCAACAGUCGGUCAAGCUCCAAGAAGCACCCGACAUGGUCCCCGUCGGCGAGCUUCCCCGUCACAUCCUCCUCUCCCUAGACCGAUAUCUCACCGGGAAGGUCGUCCCUGGAUCCAGGAUCAUCGCUACUGGAAUCUACUCAACCUUCAAUGGAUCCGGAAAGAACCAAGGCGCGAUCGCCCUGAGACAACCCUAUCUGAGGGUCGUCGGACUCGAGCUCGACGGGGACGGACAUGGGAGUAAUGGGGGGCAGCAUCAGUUUAGUGCUGAGGAAGAGGACGAGUUCAAUGGGAUGGCCAAUUCACCUGGGUUUUAUCAGAGAUUUGCUGAGUCGAUCGCCCCUUCGAUCUACGGUAACGAAGAUAUCAAAAAGGCGGUCGUCUGUCUUUUGAUGGGCGGCUCGAAAAAAAUCCUACCGGAUGGGAUGAGAUUGCGAGGGGACAUCAACGUCUUACUACUCGGAGAUCCGGGAACGGCCAAAUCCCAGUUGUUGAAGUUUGUCGAGAAGGUCUCCCCGAUCUCAGUGUACACAUCCGGGAAGGGUUCCUCGGCUGCCGGACUGACAGCCUCGGUCCAACGAGACCCCCAGUCGCGCGAAUUUUAUCUCGAGGGAGGCGCGAUGGUCCUCGCCGAUGGCGGCGUGGUGUGUAUUGACGAGUUCGACAAGAUGAGAGACGAGGAUCGAGUGGCGAUCCACGAGGCUAUGGAGCAACAGACCAUCUCCAUCGCUAAGGCUGGUAUCACCACCAUCCUGAACUCGAGAACUAGCGUUCUCGCCGCUGCCAAUCCGGUCUUUGGACGGUAUGACGAUAUGAAAAGCCCUGGCGAAAACAUCGACUUUCAAACUACGAUUUUAUCAAGAUUUGAUAUGAUUUUCAUCGUCAAAGAUGAGCAUGAUGAGUUACGAGACAGAACUAUUGCGCGACACGUGAUGGAUUUACACAUGAACCGAGCUGUAGAAGCACAGCAGACGGGAGAGAUUGAUCUACAAAAGAUGAAGCGAUUUAUCACAUAUGCCCGAACUCGUUGUUCGCCCCGGCUCUCGCCCGAGGCGGCUGAGGAACUCAGCUCGCACUUUGUUUCGUUGAGGAAACAGGUCCAACAAGUCGAACGGGACAACAACGAGCGGUCCUCGAUUCCGAUCACGAUCAGACAGCUAGAGGCAAUCAUCCGGAUUUCAGAGUCAAUAGCCAAGCUGAGUUUAUCGCGUCGGGUAGAAGUAUAUCACGUAGAAGAGUCGAUCCGACUGUUCAAGUACUCAACCAUGGAUGCCGUCCAAGCGGGGAACAUCGAAGGGAUCACCAAGGGGGAGUUGCAGGAGGAGAUAGCCAAGGUCGAGACCGACAUCCGACGUCGGCUGCCGAUUGGCUGGAGUACCUCCUACAGCUCCCUCCUCAACGAGUUCGUCAAUCAACAGGGAUACAGCGCCCAUGCCUUGGAACGUUGCUUGUAUAUCCUCGAGAGGAGAGAGGUCAUCAGGUUCACCGGCCAAAAACGUACCGUCCAAAGGGUCGGAGCUUGAAGCUUUUCGGCACAUACCACAAUAUACAUACACAAACUGACAUUGACAGGUGU